AUGAACGUGGUCGUUACUCCGGGCCCUUCGUCUCGGUCUCUGCCUCGGCUCGCGCUCGGCCCCCUGGGCCCUGGCUGGGCGGCGCGCCUCCAUCGCGCUUCACGAACAUCACCGGCCUACUCCGUCCUGUUCGGCGCUGGCCGUCCGGCGGCUGAGCCCCUCUGCUUCGCAGUCCGUCGGGUUCCAGGAAACUGGCGGCCUCAGUCUCCCCUCUCGCCUCCAGACGCACAUACGUCCCCUCUCCUCUCCUCCGUCCCCAUCUCCCUCUCUGGGUCAACCCUCCGGCCCCCUCAUGCCUCCCUCCUUGGCCAGGACCCCUCCAUCACCUCCGUCGCGCCUCCUACUUGCCUCUUCUCCCUCCCCGACCUCCUCACCCUCCCGUCCUCCCAGCCCCUCCGCGUCUUCCUGCGCUCCCAGCGGCCCAUCACAAAGCCGAUGGCCGCCUGCUCCGCCGCCGCCGUCCUUCAUCCACAUUCCCUCUCACUUCCUCCCUCACAUCAUGACGGCUGCGCUGGGUAUUUCUGCCCGACCCAACCACCCGGCCGUCGCCGCCACGCGGUUUUGAUCCACGACGACGCAGUUUUUGAUAUGUAUACCGUGCCGAUGGGGCUGGGCGCUUGUGUGUCUACCAGGGUGGGAAACGAGUUAGGCGCCGGAAAACCAAAGAGGGCGAAGCUAGCAGCAAUGGUAGCCCUCGGCCAUGCGCCACCGCUGAUCGGAGUCAUCAACGUCUUCGUGCAACCGCGGCAUUCCGCCAACAAUGCGGGCCUCCCUCUUCACCACGCGACACCUCCGUCAUUUCAACUCGCAGCCUCGGUGAUGCCGCCUCAUGGCCUCUGGGAGCUCGGCAACUGCCCCAAACCCACUUGGCUGCCGGCGUAGCCUUGAGGGCGCGACGGCCGAGCCCGCGCCGUCGGUGCAAUGAUCAACCUGAUGUCGUUUUAUCUGGUGGCGACGCCGGUGGCGGUCGGGCUGGCUUUUCUGGCUCAGGUCCGGUUCGGCGGGCUCUGGUACGGAGCUGCUUUCACGCGGCAGGUGGCGUGCGUUGGUGUUCGGUGCAUGGUGGAGUGGCUGCGUCGGGAAGACGAGAUUGGGGUCGGAGGCGAUGCCGGGCCGACAGAAGCUUGA